CCACGUGAAGCCAAGGAGAAGGGCAGGCACCUCAUCCUAACGCACAAUUUCUCCGCGAAAAUGCCUGUGGAUCUCCUACUUCAGUAGCGCGAUACCAAGAAAAAAGGUGAGAGAAUGAUCGAAACUGCUCUUGCCGUUCGAUUCCCCGCCGGUGCAAACUUCUGCUUCUCCUCCACCACUUCGUCCUAUCACCGUUCGGCUUGGAUCUCGGAGGAUGUAACUAGUAUAGGCCAUCCUAGCAGCUUUUGCCGGCUUUUGCAUUCUUGCGCUUCCGACGUGCAUUGGAAAAGAUGCCAAAGACUUAAUAGCAGGUUCCUCCUGGGAAGGAACACUCUCAGAAGGAACGGAAUUCAAGCAUCAGCAGAGCCUUUGGGCUCUGCAUCAGACCCUAUCAAACAAAAUACAAGACUGCAGUAUCAUCCAUCGGAGGAGCUCGUGAAAUCAAUAACAGAGAAUGCUGAGGAUGUUAGACCUACUGCCGCAGAAACUACGAGAACAAUCAUUGAGGUAAAUAGCAAAGCAACAUUAAUGUUCGCGGGUUUGAUUAACGAUGAAGUUCAGGAAAAUAUUAUCUGGCCAGAACUACCUUAUGUAACUGACGAACAUGGAAAUAUCUAUUUUCAAGUGAAGAAUACUGAAGAGACCAUGCAAAACCUAACGUCAGAAAAUAACUUUGUGCAAGUCCUUGUUGGCCUUGAUACCAUGGAAAUGAUCAAUGAUAUGGAGUUGUUUGGUCCAUCAGAAGUUGAUUUUGGAUUCGAAGAGCUUGAUGAUGAGGCUACACUUGAUGAAGGAGAUGAUGAUGAUGGUGAUGAUGAUGAUGAUGAAGAUAAGGACGACAACGAUGAGGAUGAUACAGAUGACGAAUAUGACACGGACUGGGUUUCUGUCAUAGAGGAUGAAGAUGAUUCUAAUGACUCUGAUGAGACACUAGGAGAUUGGGCAAAACUGGAGACAAUGCGUUCUUCACACCCCAUGUAUUUUGCCAACAAGCUUUCGGAGGUUGCAUCAGAUGAUCCUAUCGAUUGGAUGGAGCAGCCCCCAGCAACUUUGGUGAUUCAAGGUGUCUUAAGACCCGCAUUCAGUGAAGAGCAUAGUGUUAUCCAGAGACAUCUAUCCAGCCGUCAUUCUAGUAAUGGUGACAUAAACGAGGCUCAGAAACAUGAAGAUAACCUUGAGAAUCAUGGUAUGAUUAAUCAUCAUGAUCAUGAAUCUAGCUCAUCCAAGGAUGGUUUAAACCUGGCUGAUGGAUUGGAUGGAAAUAUUCCAAUGAGCGAGGCCUCAUUUUACCGGCUUGAGAUGAUAAAAAUUCAGCUAUUUACAGGACAUGCGCAUCCAAGCAACGUUGAAUUAGAAGACCUCAUGAAAGCUCAACCUGAUGCGAUUGCACACUCAGCAGAAAAAAUUAUUUCUCGUUUAAGAGCAGGUGGAGAAAAGACCGCACAAGCGCUGAAGUCUCUCUGUUGGAGAUGCAAGGGUAUUCAGGUUGAGGAGGCAGUAAUCAAUGGUGUAGAUUCACUUGGAUUUGACAUGAGGGUUUGCUCCGGAACCCAGGUCCAAACAUUGCGGUUUGCAUUUGGUACACGGGCAACUUCAGAGUUCAGUGCCGAAAAACAGCUGAACGACGUGCUUUUCCCGAGAAUUCACUCCAAAACUCAAAAAACGAAACAAACGCAUCAAAAUGAAUGUUAAACAUUGUAAGCCUUCUCCUGACAUUACGAUCUAACUAUGGGUGUUUGGCUUUCUCAGGUUCCAAUAUUUAUUAUUUCAGAGCAGAAUGGAAAUAGGUAAAUUUAUUCUAAACUAUCAAUUCAUUACAUUACGAAUCCGGUGAUUGCAAAUGAGCAUUCAUUUAUCAGUUUUUUUUGGCAAAGGCAUUCGUCGAGUAUUUUCAA